AUGGAGACGUCACUGCUGCAGGCCGCAUCAGGCACACUCACCGACGACGAGCGGACAUGCUUGGAUACCUUUAGCAAACUGUGCUACCAGGAGAAGCUUCUUCAGAGACCAGAGGGCCUGCAACACGGGGACCUUAUCGACGGCCUCACCGACGAACACACCCUGCUGCGAUUCCUCCGAGGCAAGUCAUUUGACGUCGACCGCGCAUAUGAGCAGCUCAAGGAGGCACUGGCUAUUCGACAGUCGGCCGGCGUGAUUGCCACCUACGACACCAUCGAUCUCGGCGACUUUGAAGAGAAACGAAAGCUGUACCCUCACUGGUCUGGCCGUCGAGACAAGUCCGGCAAGCCCAUCUGCAUUUUCGACAGCCGCCACCUAGACGACGUCGUCAUUCAGAGGUACAACGAGGACAGGAGUGUGUCUAGAGGCGCCGCCGCCGUGUCGAGCGCAAUGGAGCACGCCAUCGUCUUCCACGACUAUCUAACCAGGUUCGUUUUCCCGGUGUGCUCGGCGAUGCGCGACCGGAAACAGCCCGGCACGGCGAUUUCCAGCGCCGUGUACAUUGCCGACGUGUCUGGCAUGACGCUGAAGCAAGCGUGGAACCUGCGAAUGUACAUCCAAGACUUUGGCGUGCUGCUGUCCACCUGUUUCCCCGAGGUCAUUGACCGGAUAUACGCCGUCAAUGCGCCAUCGUACUUUGGCGCGAUAUGGAGCUUCGUCCGCAAGCUGAUCGACCCGCGGACCGCGUCCAAGGUCGAAAUCCUGUACCCGGGCCAGGUGCCGGCCGCGCUGGCCGCCGUUGUCGACGCGGAUGAUUUGCCGACGCAGUACGGCGGACGGCGCGAGGUUCAAUACGGGGCGCCGCCGGUGAUGGAUGAGGCCAUGCUGCAGUCUUUGACGAGCUCAUCUUUGGGUUCGGCUGGCCAAUGGCCCCAGGGGCCGAUCAAGUUGCGGUCAAAUGGGGAUGGGCAGGUCGCUCUGAUUGCUGUGGGUUCUGAGGGGGGAGACGGGCGCCGGGAUCUAAUCGGUUUGAUCGGAUAA